UAUUGGAUCAUCUAUCUAUCGCGCAUAGAGAACAUGUCCAGGAAAUCAGUGUCGUCGACCUCUCCUCCACCCAACAUGACGCGCCCUUCCCCGCCUCUUCAUUCUUACUCGUCUCCGAGUCCUGCUUGUCCGAUUUCUUCCUCUUCUUCUUCUUCCCCGAAACUUGUUUCUUCUACCAAUUCAUUGCCACCUUGGAACUUUCCCUUUGGCCCUUCUACCAAGUACCACAAUCGCGAGAAAACACGCCCGCGACAUGCGCGAUAUCAAAGCGCGUACACUCCUCGAGGUCCAGUGCUGAGCACGGAGAAGCGAGCUCACCGCCGAGCUGCCCACAGCAGCGUCAGCAUUCCCCGCUACAGCCCGACUUCGCCCUCCUCGCGCAGUAGUCCUCUUUCGCGAUUCCCGAGUUACAACACCACCAAAAUGUCCGCCGCAAAAAUGUCCAUCAACCCGGCAACACCCGCCAAGCAUUUAUACCGUCGCAGUUCCGACUUUCAGGAUUCGCCCUUCUCGGAUUACUUCUCCGAGGAUGGCCGAUCAGUCUAUACGACUUGCGCGUCGGACGAGACGAAGCAGCUCUUGGUCAGGAUGAACCGGCUACAGUCGCAACUCAUGCGCGAUCAAUCCGGCGAUCGCCACAAAGCUAUUGCAGUUGUCGCACGGAAGCUCGGAGAAAUGGAAGAGGAGCUGAGCAAGCUGAAUGACAAUGCGACAUCAACUCUCGACGACUCGGCCGUCUUCAUUGACGAGCCUGUCGAGGAACGGAAAUCAACGUCAGAACCCGCUGUGUCGAGCACACCCAGCACACCCAGUCGCAAAUCAUCUGCCACCGGUCGAACUCAUGUAUCCAAGCCGAGCAUGAAUGAUAGUGUCAUGGAAGCCACUCAGACUUUCACCUACGAGCAGAUCAAAGCCGAGCGCGACAGCCUGGCCGUCCGCCUGCAAGGUCUCUCUGAAGGAUUGAACACUGUCCAAGGAGAGCUUACCCAACGCUACGCCGAGGUCCGCAAGCUUAAUAACCUUCACAACGAGGAACGGGAGCGUUACGAACAGCACGUGGAGAAGCUGCAAUCCGAGAACGAGGGUCUGCGAUCAGACCUCGGUUUCGAGUACUCCGAGUUGUUAUACCUGAAACUACAGAUGAAGUCUCUGGAAGUUGACAUCGACAAUAUCCCCGACGAAGAUAUUGACCCUCGACACGCAACAAUCGCAGACCUCCGUCGAGCUCGAGCCAAGCGCGCGAGGCGGAACCGCAUAUUAUCAGAAAUGGACCGCUGGCGGACCGACUGGCAAGAUGUCAGCACGCGCUUCAAGCGGAGGCGCAAUCGGUACGGUGUGCCGACUUCGCCGAUCGUGGAGUUUGAAGGGCAUGAAUUCGCGGCGGAAUGGCAUCUUGAGACUGUACGCGAGGCGCGCGGGCACGCUACAUGUCUCACCAUCAAGAGAAUCGAAGGUCCGCCUGUUCGCGAGCUGACAGCUUUGAGGGAAGAGAUUGUUGAUCCCGACGUACUCCGAUUGGCCGAGGCGAAAGUCUUCAAGGGAUACAUUGAUCAAGGCGCGCAGACGGAAAUGUCGGCUGCUGAUUACAUGCACGACAACUUCGAUGAGGCUGAGACGGACUCCUUCUUCGAUCACGAGUAUCCUGCCCUGGAUGAGCUUGAUGAUCUCGAGUGCGACGACGCUAUCCCGUCGAAGCGCGACUUCGCAAUCCGAGCGGUCGGCGAAGACGACGAAGCUGAAGCGGAGGUCGACGAGGAGGAGGAGGAAGAAGAAGAAGAAGAAGACGACGACGACAUUCACCCCCAACCAAAGGAGCCGACCGGAUCCGCUCCCCAACCGCACACGCCCACCACUUUACCAUCCAAUUCAUCCCGAUCCGCCUGGCAGGAACUCUGGGCGUCGCUGGCGAGUCUUUCUGGCCUUCCCGAUGAUGACGAAGAUGACUUUUGA